GUCAUCAGUCAUCUGACCGGAAGUGACUUAAUGCCUUUCAGUCGUGAUUUCCUUGUUAGUUAUGGAUGCGAUGAUUUGAUCUUUAGUUUAUGUCCAUAACAACAACAACUACACGAUUUAAAUAAUAAACGCUGUACAGUCGUUUUAAGUAGUACAUUAGUUCAUAGUCAUUUUAAGCAUGACGGCAAUUAACGAAAGCUCCCUACGGAAAACGCUGUCGAAGAUUUAUAAAUACAGGGAUCUGACAGCACGCGACAUAACAAGCGUGGCGUCUCUCUAUAAAGAUCUUAAACCUGUGAUGGACAGCUACGUGUUCAAUGAUGGCUCCACCAAAGAGCUGUUGAGUCUUGCAGGAACGGUGCCAGUAAGCUACCGAGGAAAUUUGUACAACAUUCCCAUCUGCCUGUGGCUUCUAGACACAUAUCCCUACAACCCUCCCAUCUGUUUUGUCAAACCCACAAGUGCCAUGAUGAUAAAAACAGGGAAACACGUUGAUGCCAAUGGAAAGAUUUACCUCCCAUACCUGCAUGAAUGGAAACCUCCCCAGUCUGAAUUGUUAGGACUGAUCCAGGUGAUGAUUGUAGUGUUUAGAGAAGAACCACCUGUUUUCUCACGACCCACCACUCAGGCAACUUACCCAGCAUUCCCAACAGCAGGCCCACCUAACACUUCUUACAUGCCAAGCACACCAGGGUUGCCUUAUGGUCAGGGUCACUCUGCCAAUCCAGGGUAAGUGCUUUCAGUGUGCCAAUCAACCAA